UUAACAGCCUUUCUCAAACUGUAGGGCAAGGGAGCAGGGCAGCCCAUCCCGCUGCAGUCUCCCAAACCUCCUGCCAGCCCGAUACCCUUUACAGUCAGACAGCCAAGCUCUGGCGCAGUUCACUGCCGGUAGAAAAGUUGCUGCGCUCUGAUUGGGUCAUCCUCUCAGCAGCCUGUCCUGUCAGAGCGCAGCACUCUGUUACGGACAGUGAAAGAUACCAAUCAUAGAGAGAGAGAGCAGAAGUAGGCGGGACUGGGGUGAGAAUAGAAUACAAUUUGGUACUUGGGCAAUCUGUGACUGCAGAAAGACAGCUGCCAAUCACUAGUGCUGGCUAUUUCUGGCUGCAUGAAGUAGCUUUCUCCCCCUGCCCCAGAAUCCGUGGAAAUGAAGUGUUACUUGAGAAGCGUUGAUGCAAAGCACAGUCCCAUUGCCCUUCCUGAUGGUAAAGGGGUCACUUUAGGAAGAGGACCAGAAACCCUUGUAACAGACAGGAAGUGUUCUAAGACUCAAGUGGAACUUGUGGCUAAUCUGGAGAACAGAGCAGUCCAUGUAACCCAGUUGGGUGCAAACCCUUGCUCAGUUGGAGAAGCAGUGCUGAAGAAGGGAGAGAGCAUUUUAAUGAAAGAAGAUCAGACGCUUUUUUUGGUGAAUAGGCUACAUCCAUAUACUGUAAUGUUUAAGGAAGAUAGUCCUAAACCUGCUGCUGACACUGGAAAAAUCAAUAAGAAAUCACCAAAGAACACCAUAACUGAACCCCCUUCCACAUCAUCCAAGAAGACAAUAACAGAUUUCUUUGGGGCCUCCACAUCCAAAGGAAAGAGGCGCAUACAGCACGAUAACACUUCCACUGGAUCAAGCAACAAGAAGCCAAAGUACCAGGACCCAAAAGCUGAGGCUGGAGAAGAGUGGGAUGACUCAGAAGAGGAGGAAAUAGCACGCAAACUGUCUCACUUGCAGGAAACGGCGGCUAAAGCUAAGCCAAGCGAGAACCCAUCUCAGGUUUCUUCAACUGAUGAGAGAGGAGUUGCCUGUAGCAAAGAUUCCUGGGAAGAACAUGGGAAGCUUCUUCUCUUUAACAAGAAAGGGGUUCAGGCCAGUUCUAAGAUUGCUGGGUUUGAUAUUGACGGGACAAUUAUAACAACAAAGUCAGGAAGAGUCUUCCCUGUAAACGCUGAUGAUUGGAAAAUUUUAUAUCCAGAGGUUCCCAGGAAGUUAAAAGAGCUUCUAGCCAAUGGCUACAAGGUGAUUUUCAUCACAAAUCAGAUGGGAAUCAGCCGUGGCAAGCUGAAGCCUGAAGUUUUCAAAGCAAAAGUGGAAGCCAUUUUGGAUCAUUUGGGGAUUCCUGUGCAGGUCUUUGUGGCUACUGGUAUGGGAAUCUACCGCAAACCUGUGACUGGAAUGUGGGACCAUCUCUGUAACAAGGCCAAUGAUGGGAUUGAAGUAAAGAAGGAAGACUGCCUCUAUGUAGGAGAUGCUGCCGGCCGGCCGGCUAAUUGGGCCCCUGAUCGUAAGAAGAAGGACUUUUCUUGCAGUGACCGGCUGUUUGCUCUAAAUAUUGGCAUAAAGUUCUUCACACCAGAGGAGUUUUUCCUUGGAUGGAAAAAAGCUGCCUUUAAUUUCCCUGUCUUCGAUCCGAGGACCAUAAAUCCCAGUGGGCAGUUAUACGAACCCCCCUCUGCAUCGCUGGUGUCUCCCUCUCCAGAAGUAGUGGUGGCUGUGGGCUUUCCUGGAGCUGGAAAAUCCACUUUCUUUAAAGAACAUAUGAUUCCAAAAGGUUAUGAGUGUGCCAACAGGGACACCCUGGGAACAUGGCAGAAGUGUGUGGCAGCCUGUGAAGCUGCACUGAAGAGAGGAAAGAGCAUUGUCAUAGACAACACCAACCCUGACUUGGAGUCUCGGAGCAGGUACAUAGACUGUGCUAAAAAAGCCGGGGUACCAGCAAGGUGCUUCCUCUUCACAGCCACCAUUGAAGAAGCAAAACACAACAACCGGUUCCGGGAGAUGACUUACACUGGCAAAGGGCAUGUUUCUGUUAAUGACAUGGUUAUCAAUAGCUACAGGACCAAGUUUGUUGAGCCAUCGGCCAGUGAAGGCUUCAGUGAAAUUCUGAAAAUACAUUUUGUGCCCAUUUUUAAAGAUCCGGAGCUACAGGCUUUGCACCAGCAGUUCUCAGAGUGAGUUUAAUAGUUCAGUGCCGGUGUAUGGCACCCAGGAAACUGGCACCUAAUCUGCCUGACCAAAGCGUCUGCCUCAAAGCUUUGCCUUCUUGCACUGUACAGACUCUACAAAAGUAGACCAGAAUAUAGUCAUUCUUCACCUAUGUUGGUAAAUCAGACCCAAGAUAUGUUGAAUCCGGUACCAAUAUGCUAUAGUCUAUUUUGUCCAGUAGGUGGCGUUCUGAGUCGGCUGCUGUCCUGAGUUUAUGCUAUGUUUACAUACUUUUGGUUAUUACACACUGUUCUUAUAUAAAAUAAUAAAACUGUCCCAACA